AGAAAUGAGUUGGGGAUAUCUGCAAUACGUAAUCCAGUCUUGCAGUUAGAUGGCAAAAACGGGUUGUCAUAAAGGACGGGCUGUCGGUUUGGUUUCGCCUCAUUGCAUAAUUUGAGUCGUUUUUCCGUCUUCGUUAACUGACGUCAUCGCACGGCUGCAGGACGGUCCGGGCAGCCCGCUGUAUCUGGACCAGCUGAGGAAAACGAACAUCGAGACCGCGGCAGUUCUCGUGAUUCCGGUAAAAGGCGACCCGGCUCAGUUUGGGGUUUGUGUUGUUGCUGCGCGCGGCUGUGCGCACGUCUGAAUGUGCGCAGCGGGAGUGCGCUCGUUCCGCUGACAGUCUUACGCAAGCGACCCUGCUCACAGGCACCAUGUCCGACGCUGCUACCUCCACAGAAAACAACGGGGACUCCGGACUUAACGGGUCCUGGGUAGAAUUGGGGUUGAACAGAGACACGACAGCAGGUCAGGCCCCUGGUCUACUGCCCCUUCCCCAGGUGGAGGAGGAGGAAGCAAUGGUCGGAGGAUUGGAGCAUGUCCCCUCCUCAUCCUCCAUUCACAAUGGAGACAUGGAGAAGAUACUUCUUGACGCUCAGCAUGAGUCAAGCCGCAGCAACUCCUCCUGUGACAGUCCUCCCCGACCCCACACUCCCCAGGAUGAUGGACAGAUCAUCUUUGAUGUGGAUGUGACUAGCAGGAGAGACAGCCAAUCGGAAGAAGAUGUCUUGGAUAAAGAGAGGGACAUAGACAUCUUGAUGAAGGACUCAGACUGGGUUGCUGACUGGUCUAGUCGACCAGAAAACAUUCCCCCCAAGGAGUUCCACUUCCGUCACCCUCGGCGCUCAGUAACACUCAGUAUGAGGAAGACUGGAGCGAUGAAGAAAGGGGGCAUUUUCUCCGCAGAGUUCCUCAAAGUCUUCAUCCCCUCACUGUUUAUAUCACACAUCCUCGCUCUUGGACUGGGAGUCUACAUUGGGAAGAGGUUGACCACACCACCUGCAAGCUCUUUCUGAGCUAGAAACUGAAGACGUGCCUGAGAAGUGGCCAUGACUUGUUGGGGGAAUAUUUGCUGUCAUGAAAAUACCCAUCUCCUCCCAACUUUCCCGCUUUCUCUCCCCCUUUCUUAUCCCUCUGCUCCCUCUUGUCCCUACCUCUUUUGCCCUGAGAUAUGACAUGUUCUCAGGAGGAAUGCGUUGCCCCCCUACUCUAUCAGUCUUUCUCUGACUGUCUGUAGAUAAUCCCCUCGACCCCCCUGUCUCCCUCACUCAUUUGUUUAAGCUUUUCAUUCAUUCAAGGAAUGAAUAUGGUCAUAGUCCUCUUCUCCCCAGUAUUGGGUGUAAUUGUUUCAAAGGGUGGGUUUUCUGAGGGGGGCACAGCAUCAAACAAAGCCAAACUCGUCUGCUACACACUAUGCCCACCUCCUUUGAUUACCCGGUAACAGGGGGGAACUUGUCCAAUUAAGACGUAAUAUUGACCUGAGAUUGUGCCACCUACUGCUGUAGCCUGGCUUUUGAUCCCGAAAACGUUCAACCAAAUUUAGCGAGUUGGCUACGCUACCCGAUAAUGUGAGCAUGCCUUUGAAAGUAGCCAUCUUGUUCAUUGCUAUAUAUACAAUGACUUUGUCAUUUCUUAUUUAUUUUACACCAUUGAUGGUUUAUUGACAAGGUUUAAUUGGUGAUUAUGAAAGGAGUUGCCAUAGUGAUCCUCCCAGUUCACAAGCACCCUUGCUUUGCAUUGUGGGAAUCUUUGGCUUUGGCUGCUAGAAAAGGUGGAAGAGUUGUUGGAAGAAUGAAAGUUCGAAUAAGUUCACCUCCUCAUCUGAAUGGACAUUUUCAAAGUGACAACUGGAAGUCAGUGAAUAGAGUGGUUGUAAACUGCAGGCAGACAGUCUAUCCCCUUAACAUACACGUAUAGGCAGUAUUUUGUUGUUGGGUCUUGGAUAACAGCACUGUGGGAUCUGGAAUAGAACACCUGUCUGUUCAUUCUUGUGCAUUGACGUCGUCAUUCCUGUGUGUAACUCUAGCCUCCUGGGUUGUCUGUGACAUAUCAUGGAGCUAUUGUAGAUUGGCCCUUUUAUCAGAUACUUAGCCCUUCACGUGUCUAUAAAUUGCCCUAAGUGAUUUGUGCGUCCUUUCUGUAACUGGGCUCUUACAGACGGUGCUGAAUAUCGAAGAAUAAUAACCUUUCAGUGCUUUCAUUUUGAUAUUGGUAUUACUAUUACCAUCAUUAAUUGCAGUCAUAGCAGUAUUUAUUGUUUGUUUGUACGCUACCUGCGUGAUCCACUUCAGGUUUGGGGGCAUCCGGGUAGCGUAGCAGUCUAUUCCGUUGCCUGCCAACACGGGGAUCGCCUGUUCGAAUCCCCGUGUUACAUCCGGCUUGGUCGGGCGUCCCUGCAGACAGAGACGGAUGGGAAACCGGAUGUGGGUAUGUGUCCUGGUCGCUGCUCUGGUUGGUCGAGGCGCCUGUUCGAGGGGGUGGGGGGGGAAUAGUGUGAUCCUCCUACGCGCUACGUCCCCUUGGCGAAACUCCUCCCUGUCAGGUGAAAAGAAGCAGCUGGUGACUCCACAUGUAUCAGAGGAGGCAUGUGGUAGUCUGCAGCCCUCCCCAGAUCAGCAGACGGGGUGGAGCAGCGACCAGGACGGCUCGGAAGAGUGGGGUAAUUGGCUAAGUACAACUGCGGAGAAAAAGGGGGAAAAAUCCAACUCAUAAAGGUUUGCAAAUGGCUGGAGUUUAUCCCCGCAUUCCUUGGGCAGUAGGCAGAGAGACGCCAUAGUUAUGUCACUUGUUCAUCGGUGGGUCCACACACACAGUCAUGAACACACCAUUCAUACCCCUGGGCAGUGUGUCCAGUUCCAUGUUCCAAGUUCCAUUCAUUUCUUUGGACCAUUGGAGGAACCAGAGUACCUGGAGGGAACUCGCACAAACACCAGGAGAAAACGCAAACACAUGGAAGGGCUAGGAUUGGACCCAGGACCCAGUGAGGCCAUAAUGCUGUCCUCUAGUAGUUCUGAUAAUAAUGGUACCAUUAUUUAAAUGUUAUGAAAAUACCAAUAAUUGUAUUAAAGAAAUCAAAUGUAUCGAAUUCAAAACGAUGGCUUUUACAGAGAACACAAGGGCACACAAAAUUACCUUGAAUAUCACAACGAAGUUGGACUUUUGCGCGAUUAAAUUUUCGUUCAGAUUCAGAAGAAAAAAAUAGGUAGAAUAAAAAGUAAUGGCAGAGGCGUUUACAUUACUGAACAAUUCACAGAGACAACUUUACUUCGAGACUUUCUUAAUCAAGUUCCUGACUGCUGAAAUUCAGCAAAACGUGCAGACAGCCUCCACCACCAGCGACGUGGUGGACAGGCGGAAGGUAUCGGAAAUAGUCUUUCGUUUAACAUCCCUUUCCAUAUAGCCAAUGAUUGGCAACUUUUAGUUGACUAAGGGAGGUCUUAGUAGUUCAUAAACACAGGUUUGAUUCUAGCAUGUGAGUACGAGCACUUCUACAGCAUGUUUGGAAAGCUUGAUUUAGUUCUCAAGCAUAAAUAAGCUUUGUUGCAGUAUCUCUGCAGUCAUAACCAGAGUUUCAUGGUGGGCUGUUCCAUUUAACUCUCUAAAUAUAAAUGCCAUGGCCGCACCGGGGUUAGAUAGUAUUUGCAAAUAAUUCUUAUGAUUUUUAUAGUAUAUAUAUAUAUAUUGAUGUCAGAGUAUGACAUGAGAUGAGUACGACUAGCAGUGUACACAAAAGUAUUUUAAGCGCAGUUUAGUACACUGAGACUGACAGUCCCCUGUCUUGCUUGUUUUGAUGCUCUGAACCCCACACGUCAGGGAGUCAACGGAUUGUUGUUGAAUAUUAUGUGACUAAGGUCUUCCCAUGGUACUAUCGUCUUACUCUUUACACCAUACUAAGUAACUGCCAACAGUGACUGGGCUCCAACCGAACCCUCAGAGAUUCAUCUGUCAACCAUGUGCCUCGCUGUCUGUCCUCCGCUGGGUUUGCUUGGGUUUCAUCGUGCGUAGUUCAGCCGCAGAGAUACUGCAGUCUUUAUGUGCCACCGGGCUCUUUCUGCCUGUGUUUCUAUGUGCAACUUUUGAAAGAAGUGUGCCGGAUUGUUCCUUUUCUGUUUGUUUUGUGGAGCUAGAUCAAGAAUGCAUUGAUCAACAGUUGUAGCUGAAUAUAAAUGCAAUCUGCAUUUUGACUUGAGAUUAUGUUUUCAUUAUCCAGAACAGAGGUGUAAAAAAAAAAGCAGUAUGUUGAGGGCGGCGAGUAAUGCAAAUAAGAAAUGAAAGGCAGUUCCCUCAAACUGCUAUAGCAUAGCACUAGGUAUUACAAUAUGUUUGCUUUUAUUUUGUUUUUUUUCCCCCUUUUCAUUGGAAAAUUGAUAAAGAUUUUGUCAUUAAAGAUUACCUGAGUCAAGCAA